AUGGGCCGCACGUCGACCGCCAUCGAAGGGCCCGUCGACUUCUCCGAGCUGCCCGGCCUGCCGCGCCUGCGCUACCGCAUCCUCGACUACAAGGUCAAGCUGUCCAUCAUCGUGGGGCUGCUGGUGCUGGAGUCGAGCAUCCUGCCCAUCGCGCUGUACUACGGGCUGAUUCUCGGCACGACCCUGCGGUCGGGCAUCGUCUUCGCCAUCAUCACCUCCUUCUUCGGCAUCGUGACCGGCAUCGAGUUCGGCCUGCGCUGCUACAAGCUGGUCUUCAUGGGCGACAAGUAUCGCCCCCGCGGCGGCACCCGCUGGAGCUUCGACUUUACGCACUGGACGCUGUCGUUCGGGUAUACCGUCAUGACCGCCCUCCUGAUCGCCUUCUCCAUACCCCAUAAUCCGCUCGUGCGCCCGCUCGCCAUGCCGGUGUCGGUGCUCCUCGUGCAGGUCGGCCUGCAGCUCGCCUGGCACGGGUGGAUGCAUGCGAGGCAGCGGCCGGCGCCGUUCAAGAUCAGUUCGAUAGAGAAGGGCGAGAGGGUGCGGCCGUUGGUGUACACGUUCGUCGAGGAUGUUGUGGCUGUGGAUGGUGCCGGCGGGAGGGAGUACAGGGAUGCGUUGGAGGCGCGGUACGAGGCCAGUCCGCGGUUCAGAAAAUUGAUUGCGUGGCAGAAUUGGUUCUGGGCGGUUGGCGCGUUGGUGGAUGGGAUUGGGACGCUGGUGGUUGUCUGGACUGUCCCAGAAAGAGUCGCUUACGGCGUCGGUUGGGGCAGCCCACUGGUAUUUGUCGUCCUGUGGACCACCAUCUCGGUCCAUUGGGCACAUCGAUCCCUCAGGCGAGAAAAGGAGCUGUGGCGGGAAGAGCACAUCAAGCAAAGGGAAGCUGGCGCACACAUUUGA